AUGGUUAAAAAAAAUGCGAGUUUGGUUACUGAAGAAGUUGAAUGUUCUUCUGAUAAGCUUCUGACUAGGCCGGAAUACAGCGUUGAUGUAAAUUUGCCUACGGAAAGAGAAGUCUCUUCUAUUCCCAGAACAGGAACGACACAUAAUUGGGUUUAUCCUUCUGAGAAACAAUUUUAUGAGGCCAUGCUGCGUAAAAACUGGGACCCAGAAGUACAGGAUAUGAAAGCUGUGAUUCCAAUCCAUAACACGGUUAACGAACGUGUUUGGAGCUACAUAAAGUCGUGGGAGAAAGAUCAAGGUGGUGAUGCAUGUGGUGGAAUCAAACUAACUAGUUUUAAGGGCAACUCUAAACAGCUAACACCUAGAGCAUGGUUCAGAAGCACAAUUCUUGGUCUAUCUAAGCCUUUUGAUAGACACGAUUGGAAGAUUAACAGGUGCGGGCUUGAAGUGGACUAUGUAAUUGAUUUUUACUCUGAGGAAAAUGAAAAGUUGGGCGGGCCACAAAUAUAUUUAGACGUAAGACCAAAGCUUAACAGCUUCGAAGGCAUGAAACUGAGGUUAAUGAAAUCCUUUGGACUAUGA